GUAAACAAAAGAGCUCCGAAGAGAAGAGAGUGAAACCAUAACCUUUUCUCCUGCUCUUGCUCUUGGUUUCCUCUGUUUGUGUUUUCUGCCUUUUAACCAUGAUUAGGGCUUUGGCAGUAUCGUUACGUGGUGUUGCGGUUGUUCAAAAAGCUACCGUGCCCAUUGCUAGAAAUUUCAGUGUGUCUCCUUGGUUGGGAUUGAAAGAGAUUCGGGAGACCCAAGAUGGAAAUACACUCAUAAUUGAAGGUGUCAAUGUUAAGUCUCCACGAGAAGAUUUAGUUAUAAACACACAAAAUGAAAGGGGGGCAUGCUCCUUGUGUGCUCUUGGUUUAGAUGUAAAACACACAGAUAUUUUAAUCAUCAAGCAGUUUUUGGAUCAUAAUGCACAACUUUUUCCGAGAAACAUAACUGGUUUAUGUAGAUGGCAGCACCGCAAAAUGAAGUAUCUAAUUGAAAUGGCGACCCGAGCAGGUCUAAUUAAUCAGCUCCUACCUCAGCCUGUCACUGUGCCUGCCUAUCAACGCGGAUGGAGGAAGUUUAAUUCUUAUUACGAUGAGUCACUAAUCCCUGAGUCCAAGAGUGAGUAUGCUCUACGAAAGAAUAGAGAGUUCGAAGAAGCUUACACACUUGCCAAAGCGGAAAAAGAUGCUCAUGAAGAAAUGCUCAGGGCCAGAAGAGCAAUGAGAAGUACUAAUGGUGUAAAGCCUGUUCAGCUUUCUUAAUUGUAUUUUCACGUCAUUGAUUGUUGAUGUGUUUUAUAAAAAUGAAUGAAUUCAAAGGGAAGAGUUAUAAAUAAAUGUGGGUUAAAUCAG